GUAAUUUCAUGAUCUUUUCACAUUGAACAUGCGCAUCUCAGUGUGGGGCUAUGAUGUGUGAAUGAUAUAAAAGAGCGCAAUCAUUUCAUAAAUUCCAACAGUCGCUAACGUACGCGUCGGCAAAACUGCACGGAAGAAGAACAAGAAGUUCCUCUCUGUGGUGGGUGAAUGGCAUUGUGAGUGUGACUAAAAGGAGGAAGCAAAAGUUCUUGUAGCUGCUGAGGAGACGAUCAUCCCAAACUGUUGUAAACAUAACACGUCCACGUGAAAAGUGCCCAAAAAUUCCAAGAAUAGUGGACCACACAGAAGCUUCUUCGCGGGAAAAAUUAUCACGGAAUUUGACCACAAGUAAAUACCAAUGAAUCGUAGCGUGAGAUUAACUUUGGUACUCCUGUGGGGUCUCUGGGUGGCAACGAGUACCACCAUGGAAAUCCCCGAGGAGGAGUCUCCGGGUGGUGGUGGUGAUGUGAAGCGUUCGUGGAACAACCUACAGGCGUCGUGGGGAAAACGCUGGCCCGAUGAAUUGGACGAGAUCGACGAUGGGCGCUUCGAGGGUAUUGCCGAUGGACGCGAUGUGGGGCAGAAGCGCACGUGGAAGGCAAUAAACGGGGCCUGGGGUAAGAGGGUCACCGGCGGAUCGGGGGAUUGGCACAAAUUUCGCAGCGCCUGGGGCAAACGUGAGCCCGGCUGGAACAAUCUCAAGGGACUCUGGGGCAAGAGGUCAACAAACAACUGGAAUCGACUGUCGUCGGGAUGGGGAAAGCGAUACGAUGCUGAUCUCGAGAUGGACGUCUAAAAAGGAGCUCACACCGAAUCAUUCUGAUCUUUUCCUGCCCAUCACAUUUGUAUGUGUGUGUGUGUGUCUCUGAGCCAUUGAUUUAACGUUGUUCCUUCUCUUUGAUUCCAAAAAACAAACAAUAAAUAAAAAGUUAUGGCUGGAAGAAAUAAAUUAUUUAUUUUAUUCAUUUUUUUUGCAAAUUCAAUAAAAAUUGGAAAUCAUAAA